AUGAGUGGUGCUCCACAAGUUGAGCUGGGAGCAGACGACCAGUCGUCGCUGCAAACCAGUCACUCAAUUGAAUCUUUAGGAAUACCGGGAAACUGUGGUGAAAAAGCGUAUGAUUUGCAUCCAGAUGGGGCCAGCAACGAAGAUGCAGGCCUGUCGAAACGUACAACGCUGCGUGACAAAACUUUGAUGGUUCCUCGUAGCGAAAGACGUGGAAUUUUGGCAAAUCUGACGUUGGUGCCAGAGUACAGAGACGCACGCGAUUAUCCGCCCAAAAUGAAGGGUUUUAUCGUGCUGAUGAUCGCGUUUGCAGCAAUGAUGGGCCCCAUGGGAACGUCCAUUAUUUUUCCCUCGAUCAAUCCUAUCACUCGGGACUUCAAAACGUCCACAAUCAUGGUCAACGUUUCUGUGGGCAUCUAUCUACUGGGUCUGGGCAUUCUGCCGAUCUGGUGGUCGUCGUUGUCGGAACUCCGGGGUCGCAGAACCGUGUACGUCUUGAGUUUCACGCUGCUAUUUGGAUUUUGCAUCGGGUGCGCGCUGUCACCCAAUAUCAGCGCAUUUAUUGUUUUCCGCAUGCUUUGUGGUGCAUCCUCUGCCAGCGUCCAAAGUGUUGGCGCCGGCACCGUGGCAGAUCUGUUCAAACCCGAAGAAAGAGGUAAAUUUCUCGGUUACUACUAUCUGGGGGCGCUGACGGCGCCCUUGACCGCUCCCAUUAUUGGGUCCUUGUUGGUGAGUCGUUGGAGCUGGAGGUCCACGCAGUGGUUCCUUGUGAUCUUAGCUGGUGUCACAGUUAUGCUUCUGACGCUGUUGCUUCCCGAGACGUUGAGGUUGCAAGAGAGCAAGAGCGCAAUAGCGCUCAUAUUAGCACAGAGACGCGCUGGGGCCAAACCCGAGCGCGAUGCUACUUCUAGUGACGCUGCAGAAAAAGAUCACGCAGAGUCAAGUAAUGAUGGUUGCGCGGGUGAGGUGGAAUCAGCGAAUGCAAACUCCGAUGUAGCUCAGGAUGACAUUGAAAUCAACCGCAUUUUUACCAGAACGAGCGAACUAGCACAGUAUCCGCCGGAUGAAGAAGGCAUACAUGGAGACGUUAUGGCACCUCAGAUAACCAAAUUACAAACGCGGGACCGCAAAUUGGAACAGCGGUUGCGCGAGGGAGAGCUCAAGAAAUGGAAAACCAAUGUUGAAAACGAAUUGGAAAGGAUGGAGACUGAACGCAACAAUAAGGCAACUAAAACGGGUGCGAGCAAAACGAUACAGCCCCAAAAGCGCGCAUGGAAAACGUCACUCUAUUUGUAUCUGGUAAAACCUCUAAAAUCGUUGCAUUUCCUCAGGUUUCCCCCCGUGGUGCUGACCAUCACUUUUUCGGCCAUCUCGUUUUGCACUCUCUAUUUUGUUAACAUGACCAUCGAGUACAGCUACUCUAGACCGCCAUACAAUUUCAAACCCUUGUAUGUGGGUCUUUUGUACAUUCCAAACUCCGUGACCUACAUUAUUGCGUCUGUGUACGGUGGCCGGUGGGUCGACAACUUGCUGAAGCGCUACAAACAGCAUCAUGGGAUCUUGGCCCCUGAAGCACGCAUUUCAUGGAACGUAGUGACUGCAGUCGUGUGCUUCCCAAUCUCGUUGCUCAUUAUCGGGUGGUGUCUCGACAAGAAGCAGCACUGGGUCACUCCAUUGGUGGGAACAGCACUCUUUGGAUUUGCGUCCAUGAUGACCAUUGGGGCCACGGUAUCGUACCUGGUGGACUCUCUGCCCGGAAAGGGUGCCACUGGUGUUGCCUUGAACAAUCUAAUCCGUCAAGUUUUAGCAGCCGUUGCCGUUUUUGUCACUGAACCGAUGUUAAAGGGCAUGGGAACAGGCUGGGCUUUCACGAUGUUAGCAAUAAUAGUAGUUGCUGCGAGCUCAGUGUUGCUUAUCCUUAAAAUGAAGGGCGAUUACUGGAGGGAGAAUUUUGACCUACAAGAGCUCUACGACAAACUGGAAUAA